ACAAUCUAGCCAAGAGCAGUUAUGUGACCAUUUGUAAAAUUUAUAUAUUACAUUCUGUAGGCAAAUGUUAGCUGACUUCUCUUUUCUGUUUUUGUUUCCUGUUCGAAAUCUUAUAUUAAAGUCUGAUUAAAUUUGAAUCGCACACUACAGUAUUCAUUUGAGGAUGACGAUCCCGACAAUAUGUAACUCAAACCUGAAACCUCUCCUUUAAAGGUUACUUUCAUCUUCAACAUGUUUUAGUUUGAUUCUCUUUCAUUAAUAAUUAAUGAAUUUGAUUUGACUUCCCAGCCCACCCCCACUACCUGUCCACACCCAAGUAUACAUGUACAUGAGUUAAAAGUUGAAACUAAUAUUACAAACACAAUUUGGACAAAAAAAAGUCUUCUUUUUAACCACUUGCAUUGUGUAAACCAAAGAAAUUGAUGUAUCUAACCUAUAUAAUCUAAUGUUUAGUGUGUGCCCAUAUCUGGAAGUCAAUUUUGAGGUCUUGGCUUCUAUUACCUACAUUUAUUUAAAUCACUCUUUCAUUCCAUAUAUUUUUUUACUCCCUUCGACUUUAUUUAUGUCAUACUUUCUUUUUUAUUCCGUCCAAGAAAAAAUGAAUUAGUCAUUUUAUCAUUAUUGAGAUGAUUUAUAACUACAUGAACGAUAAAUUAUUCAUUCGUUUCUUAAAUUUCAAUCUCAAUAUCACACGGAAGGAAUAACAAAUCUUUUCUCCAUGAGUCUUUUAGCUCGUGUCUUUCAAUGUAAGUCAACAAUUUCUCCUUUUAAAGAUCUCAACACAACUCAGCCUAAUGAUCAAACUUUAAAACACCAAAAAGAAAUGCAUUCAAAUAAGUAACAACUUGCAUUUUCCAAGUCUAAAAAGCAGCCAUCACAUUUAACAUUUAUAAUUUCAGAAGCCACCAAGAAUCUGUCAUCCAAAUUUAUGUAUAUAUAUAUCAUGCCAUUUUUUGGCACAUUCUUUUCUUAUAAUUUCACAAAAAUGAGAGGGCUGUACUACAUAGUACUUGUCCUGUUUACUGUAAAGUUUUGUUCUUGCAGUGGAAUUUGCAAAGAAAAUGAGAAAACAGCUUUGCUAAGGUUAAAGAAAGAAGCAAAUGAUCCCACAAAUGUACUAUCUUCUUGGGUUGAUAAAGAAGAUUGCUGUAACUGGGAAGGAGUUUUUUGCCACAAUGUAACUGGUUCUGUCAUUGAGCUAUCGAUUAACGGAUGGAAUUGGACAGAACUUAAAGGCCUAAAGAUUGAUGAUUUCCAGUGGUUGUCAAGUCUGGAUAAUCUUGAUCGUUUGGACAUGUCUGGUGUGGAUUUAAGUGAGGCUACAAACUGGACUGAGGUGAUUAGCAUGCUUCCUUCUUUGGUUAAUCUCCGUUUUUCGAAUUGUAGUCUUCAUUCAAUACCUCCUUUGUUUGAUCAUAACAGUUCUGUUCUUGAAAAUCUUGAUCUUUCCUUGAAUAACUUUGGCUCUCCAAUUCCCGGGUGGGUUUUCGGUUUUGGUAGUCUUGUUUCUCUUGAAUUCACUGGUAGUAAUUUCACUGGUUCAUUUCCUGAGGGUCCUUUUAACUUGACUUCUUUCACAACAUUGAGAGCUUCUAGCAACUCCUUUGGUUCUGUUUUACCUCAAUGGUUAUUUGAUCUUAGUAAUCUUGAAUAUUUUGAUUUGAGUUUUAGUGGUCUUGAGGGUCCAAUACCAAAUGGAGUUGGAGAUUUUACCAAGCUUACAUAUCUUAGUCUUGCUUCCAAUAAUCUGAAUUCCACUAUCCCAAAUUGGCUCUAUGGAUGCAAGAAUCUUGAAACACUUAUCAUGAAGGAUAACAGUCUUGAGGGAACAGUUUCAGACUUGAUUUCAAAUCUGACAUCUCUAAUUAGUAUCGAUAUGUCUGAAAAUUUUCUUUCUGGAAAGUUACCGAGUGUAAUUGGGAAGUUAUGGAAAUUAGAAGAUCUCGAUCUCUCAGAAAAUCGAUUUGAAGGAGUAGUAUCUGAGGUUUUCAAUACUAUGAAUGAUUGUCCUCCAAUAGGCUCAGGAAAUUGUUCUUCUUUGAGGACCUUAAGACUAAAUGACAACAAACUGAUUGGAAAUCUUCCAAAAAGUUUUGGGCAACUUCCAAAUCUACAGUUCUGUUUCAUGUCUAAUAAUAGGUUGGAAGGGGUGUUGACAGAAGAACAUUUCACCAAUUUAACAAAUUUGAAGUUUUUCUCUGCAUCUAAGAGUAAUUUGACUUUAAGGGUGAGUUCAGAUUGGAUUCCAUCAUUUCAAGCUAGUGACAUUGUAAUGGGCGGUUGGCGCUUAGGCCCUGACUUCCCUUUGUGGAUCCAGACUCAACAAUCAAUCAUGAAUUUGGACAUAUCGAAUGCUGGCAUAGUAGGUGAAGUUCCAACUUGGUUCUGGAACUUAUCGUCUCAAAUUCGUUUCCUCAAUAUGUCUCACAACCAGCUCAUUGGUGAGAUUCCAACUUUCUCAAUAUCUGAUAGCUCCAUGGGAAGUGGAGGUCCUUGGUUGAUAUACUUGAGUUCCAACAACUUCAGUGGUUCACUACCUCAUAUUCCAACCAUGGUAACAGAGUUAGACCUUUCGGAUAACUCUUUCUCGAAAGGUUUAACAAGCUUCUUGUGUGAUAAAAAGAAUGAAUCUUACAUGUUAGAGAUUCUACACCUUGGGGGAAAUCGUUUCUCCGAAGAAAUUCCUGAUUGUUGGAUGAGUUGGCCAGAGUUGAGAGUUGUCAAUUUGGGAGAGAAUAAGCUUACCGGAGGAAUCCCAAGAUCCAUCGGAGCUUUAAGCAAUUUGAAAUCUUUGGACUUGAAAAGAAACAGACUUUCUGGUCCAUUGCCUUCAUCCUUGAACAACUGCACAAGAUUGUGGAAAAUAGACAUGAAUGAGAAUGAGUUAGAUGGAAAUUUACCACCUUGGUUUGGUACACUUUCAAAGCUGAUAGUCCUGAGUCUUCGGUCUAAUAAAUUCGAUGGUGAACUAGCUCCAGAACUUUGCAAGCUCAAUGAUCUUCAAAUCUUGGAUCUUGCCAACAACAAUUUGUUUGGAGCUAUACCUCGGUGUGUUAACAAUUUCACAGCAAUGGUGAAUGGAAGGAAGGAAAUUAGAGACGGAGACGAAGAGAUGGAUUAUUCUUAUUAUGUUGGAGUUUUCAGGGAGAGUGCAAGAGUAGCAACUAAGGGUAACAUGUAUCAGUAUGAUACCAUUUUGUCAUUGUUUACAAGCAUGGAUCUUUCUAACAAUAGCCUUUCUGGAAACAUUCCUAUGAGUCUUACAAGUCUUGUUGGAUUGAGAUCAUUAAAUUUCUCCCACAAUCAGCUGACUAGUAGUAUUCCAAGGGACAUUGACAAGAUGAAGGUAUUAGAAUCACUUGAUAUCUCGAAUAAUCAACUCUCUGGUGAAAUACCACAAAGCAUUUCGAGUUUGUCCUCUUUGAGCUACUUGAAUGUAUCUCACAAUAAAUUAUCAGGGCAGAUUCCUGUAAGCACUCAACUUCAAAGCUUUAGCCCUUUUAGUUUUACUGGAAAUAAACUGUGUGGGCUUCCACUCGUGGAGCGUUGCAGUAAAAAUCCUGAGGUUGAAAAUGAAGAAGAAGAAGAAGAAGAUGAUAAUGAAGUGGAAUGGUUCUACGUUUCCAUGGCAAUAGGAUUUAUUGUGGCUUUUUGGGGUGUAAGUGCUCCUUUGCUUUUCAUAAGACCAUGGAGACAUGCCUAUUAUGGGUUUUUAGAUAGAAAAUGGAAAUCAUGGCACACAUAAUUUGUAAAGAUGUGACAUUAAGGAGAUUUCUAUUUAUGUAUACUGGAUGAAAUUUGUUUAUAUCUCAUGAAAAUCCAUUACCAUUCAGCGUUCUUUGAA